GAGAGAGAGAGAGCGAAAGAGAGCGAGUGAGGCUACCACGAUAGCACUUCUUGAUGCACAAGUGUUUUGACUUGCGUGGACUGCUGUUGUCAUUUUGGACUGGGCCAACUCAAACUACCCUCAGACCAUUUUGUGUGGAUAAAGUCACAACUCGUGAUCCAAUCAGCCGACAUGGGGAAAGUGGAAGGAGGGAUGAAAUGUGUAAAAUAUCUUCUGUUCGUGUUCAACUUCAUAUUUUGGUUGAUGGGAUCCUUUGUUCUAGCAGUGGGGCUAUGGCUUCGUUUUGACCCGGAAACUGUGUCCCUGCUCAACGGUGAUAAGGCUCCAGACACAUACUUCAUUGGUGUGUACAUCCUGAUAGGUGCAGGGAGUCUGGUGAUGUUGGUGGGUUUCUUCGGAUGCUGUGGAGCUGUUCGAGAAUCUCAGUGCCUGCUGGGUUCAUUCUUUGCCUGCCUGUUGAUCAUCUUUGGAGCUGAGGUGGCAGCAGGUGUGUUUGGAUUCCUAAACAAAGAGAAGAUCAUUGAAGACGUUCAAAACUUCUAUGCCACAACCUACAAUGAAAAUAACAACAGCACACUCAUCACCUCUUACCAGAAAGUACUGAACUGCUGCGGGACACUUGCUAACAACUGUCCUGAUCAAGAAGCAGAUGUGAAGGACUGCGAGACAGGCAUCAAGGAUUUCUUCAACAGUAAACUCUACAUCAUUGGUUAUGUUGGCAUCGGCAUUGCUGGCGUCAUGAUCAUCGGGAUGAUCUUCAGCAUGGUGCUCUGCUGUGCUGUACGUAACAGCAGGGAGGUCAUCUAAAGGUCCCCAGAUUAGUGCUCAGCCCAGAGAAACUGUACAGCCUCCAAAACACUCUGCAACCCAUAUGCAUCAUCUCCAAAUGACCCAGGAAACAGAGCACACAAUCCAAGCGGUUUUCUGUGGAUCCCCCUUUCGUCUGUCUUUUAUUUCACGCCUUCAUACCAUGCUGAUGGGACUAGAUGAGGAGCAAUAUUAUGUUGCCCUUAUUAUCUUUUAAGUUUGUUUUUUUGUCCCCCAUGGCCAUUCAGCAGCCACAAACACAUUUUAACCCAAGUACUUUCACAGUAAUCCCCACUUUGGUUGUCAAACUUAAAAUUUGUCAAAUUUAAAAAAAAACUUUUGCUUCUGAAUGAAUGCUUUUAAUAGGCCCAUAGAAUUACAGGCAUGUGAAUUGUGUCAAUAGCUUCAUCUGAGCACAUAUACAUGUGGUAUGCUGCUUUAGAAAUGACUUGUACUCAUCAUUUGCUAGGAGAUGUGACCUGGUGACGUAAAUGUCCCAGGGUCAUUUUACAGUCUCUCCCUAACAGUCUCUUAUGUAAGUCAAGAUCAUGGUGUGUACAGUAUGUUGAUUGCAUGUCCAGAAGACCAAGAUCAUGUGACCAUGUUUACAGUCUCAACGUAAACAAGAUUCCUAAUACCUGAUAAUAGGCACCAGGGCUAAUCUAAGCCUUUGCGUUUCCUAUUUUUAAAAAGAAAUUGCACUCGGAAGAAAAACUCCCUAAUUAUUAGUUCUGAGUGGAAGUUCAAUUAUGUAAAUAUUUCUUUUUGUACGUUUUAUGUGGCUGAUUUGAUUGUGCUGUGUGCAGAUAGAGGUUUGCAAUAGUAGAACAGUCAGCGUUAUUUGUAGUGUAAAAAACAUCAAAUCCACACGGUCUUUCAAGGUGCCUUAUAUCAAACUUUUGUAGAGACAACAUGCUGUCUGGAUGUAGAAAACGUAGCAAAGAUGUACAUAUGACUGUGAAGUCGGACUGCAUUUAAUUAUCACACUUUUUCAGCAGUUAUUAUGAUUGUUUUUGUGUGUUUUAAAACGUCACUGAAGUGUGUCUCCUUAGCCUCAUGGUAUAAGGAAAAUCUGUUUUGCAAAAUGUUGGUUUCGAUUAUACAAGUAAUCAAGCUUUGAGGGAUUACAUGUUGUGUACUUAAUCUGUUACUCUCAACAAAAACAUAAAUGCAACACUUUUGUUUUUGCUCCCAUCUUUCACGAGCUGAAUUCAAAGAUCUAAAGCGUUUUCUCUGUACACAAAAAUACUAUUUGGAUUAUUGUUCACAAAUCUGUCUAAAUCUGUUAAUGAGCGCUUUUUCUUUACUGAGAUACAGUAUGGUGUGAUGCUAUAUCAAGAUGAUAUAUCAAGAUCCUAAUUAGAUAGCGUUAUUGCACAGGUGGGCCUUAGGCUGGUCACAAAAGAAGGCCACUCCUCAUGAAUGAUGGGAACGAAAACAAAAGUAUUGUGUUUAUAUUCUUUUUGAGUGUACUUUAGUGUCGCAAUGACAUGAAUCGAGGCUUACAUUAGUAGUUGAAGUUUGAACAGGAUGAACAAGUGCACUGCUCCACAAUCCACACAGCUGUUACAUCCAUAAGAUGUGUCGUGUUCCCUCCCUAAAAACAAGUGUGCACACCGUCAAGCCUUUUUGUAGUCAGUUCUGUGUUAAUUUAUUUUGUUGCUAUUCCAGACCUCUCAGGACAACACAAUAGGUGUUUGAAGUUGAAUAAAGCAUUUGAAGUUUUACGCAGUUUCCUGCAUCUUAUUUCAUUUCACAAACAGUACAACCUC